UGGUGGUCUUGAUGAUUACAAGAGGAGCCUGCAUGUCCCUUCCUUCUAUUACUUGGUGUGGCUUCGAAUACAAACCGACCAGAGCUUUCCCAAAACCAUCCCUUCUUUUAACCACUGCCCCAGCUUUUUACAACAACAAGAGGAGGAAACUGACCCAUCAACAUGGAUGACGAGUAUGAUGUAAUUGUUCUUGGCACUGGUUUAAAGGAAUGUAUCUUAAGUGGUGCUCUGUCAGUAGCUGGAAAGAAGGUUCUUCAUAUGGACAGGGAAAAGUUCUACGGCGGUGAAACUGCCUCUCUUACACCACUCUCCCAGUUAUUUGAUAAGUUCAACCGAUCUAUGCCCAAGGAAGAGAUUGAAAAAAGAUUCGGUAGAGAGCGGGAUUGGAAUGUGGAUUUAGUUCCCAAGUUUAUCAUGGCAGGAGGAAACCUGGUAAAGAUUCUGAUUGGCAGUGGAGUAACGCGCUACCUAGAGUUCAAGAGUAUUGGGGGAAGCUAUGUCUAUAGGGGCAACAAGAUCUAUAAAGUCCCUUGCGAUGAAAAAGAGGCUCUAAACUCUAGUCUUAUGGGACUAUUUGAGAAGAGACGAUUUCGAAACUUUCUUAAAUGGGCCCAAGAAUUUGACAUUGAAAACCCGAAUACUUGGGAAGGAAUUGACCCCCAAAAGAACACAAUGACUGGGGUCUAUCUAAAAUUUGGCUUGGAUGCUAACACUGCAGACUUUGUGGGGCAUGCCAUAGCACUGGAAAUUAAUGACAGUUACAAAGAUCAACCAUUUGGACAAACAGUGGAAAAAAUUAAACUCUACAAUGAAUCCCUUUCGAGAUAUGGAAAGUCCCCUUACCUCUACCCCUUGUAUGGGCUUGGUGAAAUUCCUCAAGGAUUCGCAAGGUUGAGUGCCAUCUAUGGGGGCACCUAUAUGUUGGAUAAGCCAAUAGAAGCUAUUGUGUACGAUGACGAGGGUGUGGUGAAGGGUGUUACCUCUCAAGGCGAGACUGCAAGGGCUAAGAUUGUUCUGGGUGACUCCUCAUACUUUCCAGAUAAAGUCAAGAAAGUUGGUCAGGUUGUUCGCUGCAUCUGUCUAUUAAACCAUCCUAUCCCUAAUACAGCUGAUGCUCCAUCAUGCCAAAUUAUAAUUCCUCAAAAUCAAGUGAAUAGAAAGCAUGAUAUCUACGUUGCAUGUGUGUCGUAUGACAAUAAUGCGGCAGCCAAGGGUUUCUUCAUCGCUUCAGUAAUGACCACUGUCGAGACAUCCAACCCAGAGGCUGAACUAAAACCUGGCCUUAAUCUCCUGGGCCCUAUCAUGGAAAAGUUUGUAAGUGUUUCAGACCUGAAUGAGCCAAUUGACGAUGGAUCCAAGUCUAAGGUGUUCAUCCCCAAGUCAUGUGACGCGUUAUCCCAUUUCAAUAAAGACUGCCAGGACAUUGAGGACCUGUACGAGCGCAUAACCGGGGAGCCCUUCGACUUCUCAAAGCUCCAAACACAAAUAGAAACUCACGAGUAGAUACAAUAAAAACUAUAAACUUAGAAUAACAUGGCUAAGCACGGUUGGGUAUGGCUCGGUAUUGGUGGGGAAAGGAAGGUGAAGAGAGAUACAGUAUCACAAAGUUUUGAUUUUAUUACGGUCUUAUAUAGAAAUAGAACCUUCUCCUUCCUAAGCCCCCCGUACUACAACACAUAUUGAUGAUCCCAGUGCUGAUAGAGCCGCUAUGGACCAGCAUUGCCUACACAGAUCAGCUUCCUUGACCACAGGGCAAAGGAAAGGUUGGUCAAAUCAUUCGCAGACCCUCCCAGCAUGGUGGUCAAACUCUGCCUGUUUUGUCAAGCAAUCCCUGUUUAUAGGGAGCCCAUUGAUUUUGAUUUGAUUUAGAUUAAUUCCAUUCCCAAAUUCGCCAUAAUAGUCUUCUUUGAAAGUUACUCUAGGCUAAUCUGUUAUCUGCUAUUUGUCUUUGAAAUAUUAAUGAAAUAUGUGUAAAAUCCUAUGUGUUGGUGCAUACACACUUCUAAUAAAGAAAUACUGUCACGU